UCAAAGCAGUGGUAACUUUUACUGACGGAUUUUUUUUUUCUCUGCACAGUGUACACUUUGCGUUUGUUCACAUUGCAGUGAGGAAAUGCUGCAGUGUACCAUCUCCUGAGCCCUUUCAAGAACAUAAUGAAGAUUUCCUGCCUGCGCUGUUACAGCCCGCACAGUUUCGAGUGCUCGGCCCACUGCUAAGUCCUAGAUGGACUAUACAGUUGUUUGAGGUGACCUGCAGCCUCUAAAUUAAGUCAGCCGGAAAAAAAAAAGAGUCUGGUGGCGCUGCCAAUUUGAAGGAUGUUUAUGUUCAGACGGAAGGCAGCAGCAAGGACCAGGUGUGUCCACCGUAGAAGACUGCAGUCUUUUUUUUUUUCUUCAAUCUGUGUUAAUGUCACCACUAGUCUUUUCUUUUCACUGAGCUUGAAACAAAGAUAAGAAUUGAAAGCCUGGAUGCCACAGUGGAAAAUUUCCUCUCUUCAGCAUGACUCAUUCAGUACUAUUCCUGAAGAAAAUAGCUAAAGUCACUGUGUUCCAAUUCUGAUAAGUUUUAUUGCCACAGUUCCUUUCCAUCAGUGCACAAAACAUACGCUGGGCUACUACAUUUCAUUGCAAAGGAGCCUCAAGGUCAGAUUUUGAGUCAUUAGACUGCCUUUCACUGGUGCAUAAAUCAUAGUGUGUGUCGGUAAUAAGGAAGUUUACCUGUUAAAAAGUAUUUUAAAGGCAGUUCAGGAGUCAUGUGUUCCUACAGAAAUGCCUCAGGCAUGUUCCUGUAAUUCAUGGUAUCACAUUAACUCUCAUUUUAUGGCUUAUUUGUCACUUCAAGUCAAUCCACCAAAUUCACUUCAAAGACUUCCCUGCGGCGUAUGAUGACAAAUAACUUGAACAGACUCACGAUUAAAGUGACUUUUCAACUUUUUUUUAACCUGUUAUGCUGCUGAUCUAGAUUCAUUAAUGCAACGACCAAUGACCAGUGUUAUGCUGCUUAGCUUUGUGAGCUUCCUCGGUGGGAUUUUCUUGUCGCGUGAUUCAUUUUCUGGUCAAAGGAAAUACCCAUAGUGCCAUAAAGUGCCACCGUUGAACAACAUGUGCUGUUACCUGCACUUCAGAAUAUUAGUAAUCAAUUCACUAGAGCUCAGGCAAUGAGCUCCGUUAUCUCUCAUUUGGCAUUUUAUGACUUGGUUAAUCGUUAAGCAAUGUCUUUGUGAUGGAGCAAGGACAUAUGUGACAGCCGUUUUCUGAGGGUUGAUCCUGAGAGUUAGCCAAUCGCUGAAAUAGCUGGCAUAUGACCCUAGGGUAUAAAGGUGAGAUGAAUCAAGUCGAUAAAGAAGAAGGAGCUCUUCGGAGUUUGACUCAGGAGUAUAUAUGUCCAUAAAGCGGUUGAAUCUUCAAAAAGAUUCUUGGAUGCCUGAAGAUAUCAAACCCACGCAAGUGUUUUCCCCUUGAAUUUUCAAACCCGAGAAGAUCCUUCAUCGUUCCUGAUGGAGAAGGUCAAGUCAAACAGCGGGGAGCAUGUUAACCUCGCUUACGAUUCCACUCUGGAUGGACCGCCGGUCUAUGACAAGGACGAUGAUUUCCGGGCGGUCCGGCCCUCGGUGGUCAGCGCCUUCGGUCACGACACUUUAGACCGGGUGCCCAAUAUUGACUUCUAUCGUAAUGCGGGCAGCGUGAGUGGUCACCGGGCCGUGCGGCCGUCGCUGCAGGAGCUGCAUGAUGUCUUUCAAAAGCAGAAUGGAGCCAUCUCUGUCCCAGACACCGUGGAGGAUGAUUAUGAGGGGAGCAACGGCACCCCCUCGGACGACGUGGAGUCUGUUGUUCCCCUUGACAGUGGCAAAGGACCUGUAAAGUUCGGCUGGAUAAGGGGGGUCCUGGUGAGAUGCAUGCUGAACAUUUGGGGCGUCAUGUUGUUCAUCCGCCUGUCCUGGGUGUUUGGCCAAGCUGGCUGGGGUUUGGGAAUAGUGGUUAUUGCUCUCAGUUGUGUGGUGACAACAAUCACUGGCCUUUCCAUGUCAGCCAUUUGCACUAAUGGUGUGGUCAGGGGAGGCGGGGCCUACUACCUGAUAUCUCGCAGCUUGGGACCAGAGUUUGGUGGUUCCAUCGGCCUGAUAUUUGCCUUUGCCAAUGCAGUGGCUGUAGCCAUGUAUGUCGUCGGAUUUGCAGAGACCGUCGUGGAAUUACUCGUGGAGCAUAAUGUACUCAUGGUGGAUCCAUUAAAUGACAUUAGAAUUAUUGGAGUCAUCACAGUGGUGCUGCUGUUGGGCAUAUCUGUAGCUGGAAUGGAAUGGGAGGCCAAGGCCCAGAUAGUUCUACUCUUCAUCCUACUGGCGGCUAUUGUGAAUGUAUUUGCCGGCACCUUCAUUCCUCCCACUGCUGAGAAGAAAUCCAAGGGGGUAUUUAAUUAUGAUGUGAAUAUCUUCUUAGAAAACUUUCCACCGGCUUUCAGGAAUCAAGAGUCGUUCUUUUCAGUGUUUUCCAUAUUUUUCCCUGCUGCGACCGGGAUCUUGGCAGGAGCCAACAUUUCCGGUGACUUACGGGAUGCUCAGGCAGCCAUUCCAAAAGGCACCUUAUUGGCUAUUCUGAUCACGGGUAUCACCUACUUGGGUGUGGGUCUUUGUGUCUCUGCCAGCGUUGUGCGUGAUGCGACAGGAAACAUAACUGAUCUCAUCACUCCUAACGUAUCAUGUGGAGAUUCAGCCGUUGCUGCCUGUGAACUUGGCUACAAUUUUUCUUCCUGCGCAGUUGAAAGCUGCAAGUUUGGCGCAAUGAACAACUUCCAGGUGAUGACUUUGGUGUCAGGCUUUGGUCCUCUCAUCAUAGCUGGAACUUUUUCAGCUACACUCUCAUCCGCUCUGGCUUCGCUUGUUAGUGCUCCCAAAGUUUUCCAGGCGCUGUGCAAAGACAACAUCUAUAAGGCUCUGCACUUCUUUGCCAAAGGGCAUGGCAAGAACGACGAGCCCCUCCGUGGUUACGUCCUCACAUUUUUCAUUUCUGUGGCCUUCAUUCUCAUCGGGAAUCUCAAUACUAUUGCGCCCAUCAUUUCAAACUUCUUCUUGGCAUCUUACGCACUUAUCAAUUUCUCCUGCUUCCAUGCUUCCUACGCAAAGUCUCCAGGUUGGCGACCGGCAUACAAAUUUUACAACAUGUGGUUGUCCUUGCUGGGUGCUGCUCUGUGCUGUGGUGUCAUGUUUGUCAUUAACUGGUGGGCGGCGCUGCUCACUUACGCCAUUGAGAUCCUCCUCUACAUAUAUGUCAAGGUCAAGAAGCCAGACGUGAACUGGGGCUCAUCUACUCAAGCGGUGACGUUCGUCAGUGCGGUCAGCAAUGCUCUGUCUCUAGCUGGAGUAGAAGAUCACGUCAAGAACUUCAGACCUCAGAUCUUGGCAUUGACAGGGGCCACUCGGACCAGGCCAGCUCUGCUAGACCUGGCUCACUCUUUUUCCAAGAACUAUGGACUCUGCUUCACCUGUGAAGUGUUUGUGGGUCCAAGAGUAGAGGCCUUGCCUGAAAUGAACACUGGCAUGGAGAAGAAUCAGCAAUGGCUGAAGAAGACCAAACGUAAAGCAUUUUACGCCGCCGUAAAUUGUGACAAAUUCCGGGACGGAGUGGAGACCCUGCUGCAGGCCUCAGGUCUUGGCCGCAUGAAGCCCAACACACUAAUGAUGGGCUUCAAAAGAAACUGGCAGACUUCAGGUUCAGAAGCAGUCCAGAGUUAUGUGGGAGUGCUGCAUGAUGCCUUUGACUUUGAAUAUGGAACAGCAAUUUUAAGGAUAAACCAGGGACUUGAUGUUUCUCAUAUUAUUGAGGCAGAAGAUGAAAUGAUAAAAUCAGUGAAGGAACAACAGGAGCUGGACAGUGAUUUCAUGUCAAAUGGAGGCAAAGGGAAAGGAUUGUUCAGGAAGUCCAGACAAUCCUCUCAGCAAGUGCUCACCACCCGAGUGUCAGUGUGCGGCCCCCCACCACCACAGGUUGCCAAGAUGAAUGAGAAGCUAGUGCAGGCCAGUACUCAGUUUAAGACCAAACAGCCCAAAGGAACACUUGACGUGUGGUGGCUCUUUGACGAUGGAGGUCUCACUCUGCUGCUGCCCUACAUCCUCACCACCAGGAAGAAGUGGAACAACUGCAAAAUGAGAAUUUUCAUUGCAGGGCAGCCCGGACGCAGCGAGAUGGAUAAACAGGAGAUGAAGUUGCUGCUACAUAAGUUCCGAAUUCAAUGCACUGACAUCAUAGUGAUCGAUGACAUCCAUAUCAAGCCUCGUAACGAAAGGUACAUGUUAGAAAAUCAUCUUGGUCCAACGUCUGCCCUUGGUGCCCCAUGUCCUCAUUUGUAUGCUCUCAGCUUGAAGAAGUUGGAGGACAUGAUUGAACCUUUCCGUCUUCACGAGAGGACCAGAGACAGUACUCAGGUUGAGGCUAUGCGGAAAAAUCAGCCUUGGAAGAUUACUGAUGAUGAGUUGGAUGAAUUUGAGGAGAAGACCAACCUGCAGGUUCGACUGAAUGAGUUGCUUCAGGAGAACUCCAAAUCCGCUAACCUGAUUGUGGUAAGCAUGCCUAUCGCACGAAAGGAAACCAUCUCUGACUUCCUCUACAUGGCCUGGUUGGACAUUCUGACCAAGGACCUCCCACCCACCAUCCUCAUAAGAGGCAACCACAAGAGUGUGCUCACCUUCUACUCAUGAGAGUCUUGCACAGGAAUGUGUUUGCUUGAAGUGAAUGCUAGUGCUGUGGUGAUGAUAAGCCAUGUUCAAGGACCGUUCCAGAACCUUUAGAUGUGAAACAAAAGUGAGGUUACUAAUCAGCAACACUUAUCUUACUACAGGGUGCCAUCACGAUAUCAAUAACGGACACUUAUGGAUUGUUUUAAAUGCAUAAGAUGCACACAUCAAACAUUCUGCAUCCACAGUCUCAGAUCCCUUUGAAUAAACACCUGGGACCUGUUACUGCAAAAUAAAUGUAAAUAGUAGGAGUCUCACCGUAUUAAUCUGUAUUUUGGGGAAUAAACCACUUUGUAUCAAUGAUUUAAGACCAUGGACUGCAAUAACACAUAACCUUGUUUUUUUUGUCUUAAGUU